UGCGUGGUUAUCAUCGGCACGAGAAAUUGAAUCACGGCCAGUAUCUGCGAGGAAGGAGAAGAAGAAAAGAAUAAAUUCUCCCGUGCCUCUAUUCCGCUUCGUGACUCGCGUUCACUGCUGGAUACAAAACUACGUCGUGUGAACAUAACACCGCAAUUCAAGGAUCACAUCUCUGGCAAAAUGUCCAUCUUCCCGACGUCAUCUACGACGCCAUUGCCGUUACUAGUUCGUUCCGCUUCAGAUGGGGCAGCUGCCUCCAGACCUACGAGAGGCAUUUCUUUUACGACUCAUCUGUAAGAAAUACCACUGAAUAACAUGAGAGUGGUAGUGUACUGAGUGGCUCGUUCAAUUGGGUUACUUUUGAGGCUUUAACCUAACGCAUGUCUGGGAGGCGGCGGUGGCGGCGCUUGUGGCAAUGUCAAAUGUCGGGUUAGAUUAAAAUAGGUUAGAUUAGAUUAGUCAGGUUGGUCCAGGUUGGGUUGCUGUAAUGGCCUGGGCGAGGUGGGGGUUCGAGAGGCGGAGUCUCCCCCACCCCACACACGCUCUAAGCGGUGACGCUGUCAGACUGCGCGCGCAAAAUGCCAUUGUCGUACUUUAUCCAUCUAGAAAAAUAAUUAGCGCCUAUAACAAAUUACGAAUACAUCACGUACCAAAAAGGUCUGUUGCUAUAUCGCCACGACAUAGAAUUCCUACCGCACAGUACCAAGCAGAUUAAUGAUUAGGAUAGGCCAAGUGUUACAAAGUGCUAAAUCCGUCGAAUCCGCAAGCAAAUGAUGAAAUUCCAGAAAUUCGAAAGAUAUAUACGAGGGGUGUUCAAGUCAAACCGGUACUUGCUGUCUCCUGAGUGUAGAAAUGGCUCGCGCUACUUCUUUUUCGUCAUUUUCACACGCGACAGGCCUCCGGGUUCACCACGUAGUGGCCCAAAGUUUGUGCACAACAGAAGACACGUGCUGGACAAGAUGGCCGACAACGAGGUGAGCGCGCACGUCGAACAGCGAUUUGUCAUGAAGUUUCUCGUGAAUGAAGGCGUAAAGUCAUCUGAAAUUCACAGAAGACUUCAGGCUCAGUAUGGCCACGAUACACUUAGCCGCAGCAAAGCGUUUGAGUGCAUAGCAUUUGUCUCCUGAGUCUAAACGCGCAUCAAAACAUUGGAAGCAUCCGAGCUCGCCAGCUCCCAAGAAGUUCCGAAGCACCCCGUCUGCGGGUAAGAUCAUGGCCACGGUUUUCUGGGACAAGGCUGGCGUUGUUCAUGUUGAUUUUCUGCCCAGUGGUACCACCAUCAAUAGUACAUAUUACUGCAAGGUUCUCAGGGAUGUGCAUAAGGCGCUGAAGCAAAAUCUGCCGGGCCUCAUCACCAAAGGAGUCCUCCUUCUACAGGACAAUGCACGCCGGCAUACCGCGCAUCUCACGACACGCACCUUACAGGAACUUGGCUGGGCGUUGCUGCCACAUCCCCCACACACUCCCGACCUCGCCCCCAGCGAUUUCCAUCUCUUCGGGCCACUGAAGGCGUUCCUUGGGGGCCGCCACUACAGCUGCGACGACGAGGUCAAGAAUGCGGUCCGAUCAUGACUGCUGCGCGCCGAGGGAAGCCCAAGCUCACCAUGGCUGUUCUGAUGCCUUUCGUUGUCGUCUUCGUAGUCGGGGCAUGCUUCUUGGGCUUGCAUGCUCACAGGAAAUCACCCAUUCACCAUUCAGCCGCGAUGGAUCCGUUUGUAGCGCACAAGCAAGGAGGCAUGCGGAACGAAGGCCUGCUAUACAGCAGUAUCAUCAAAACCUCGGCUACGGUUCCCAGCGAAAUGCCUACAACCUGGUCUGUCACUGUACUACCUCUCGAUCGAUACCUAAAUGACGAGCCUGCUACAAGCACGGCAGAGACAACCAGCAUUGCCACAGUACCUGCUGCAUCCAUCUUCACUAGCCCUCGAGCAUCGAAAGGUGCAUCGACAAAAGCAAUUAAAGCUAGAUCAACGCCAGUCAAGACUACUGGAAGCACUAGAGAUACUGCCAGCACUGCCAGAGGAUCUCGCAAUUCUAUUUAUAAUGCGAUUAAUACAACUAAAGCUACAUCAACAACUGCAAAUACUAUUGGAAGCACGGCAGAUACUGCCAGCGCUGUCACAGUAUCUGCCGCAUCCACCUUCACUAGCUCUCAGGCACCGAAAGCUACAUCAACAACUGCAAAUACUAUUGGAAGCACGGCAGAUACUGCCAGCGGUGUCACAGUAUCUGCCGCAUCCACCUUCACUAGCUCUCAGGCACCGAAAGGUACAUCGGCAACUGCUAAAACGACUGUUACAACUCCGACUACUAUGGUGGCCCCAACUACGGCUAGAACCUUAGCUAGAACUGUGGUUGCAACUGCGGCUACGGCAUCGACCCCAAUCACGUCCACCUUUGCGCCGACUACCACGCCGAGUGCCACCGCGGGCGAUACAACAACUUCAAUUACAAUGCUGGACUUGGACGUGGACAUCACGCCAACGCCGGUUAAACCGUUCUCAGCACAUUGUAACACCAAGCUGGACGGUAUUAGCGGGCAAGUGUUAUCCCCAAACUACCCUGCGGCGUACCCGAGCUAUUUACACAGAACUUGGUGCAUCAGGGCACCAUCAAACUGCCAAGUACGACUUAAUUUUCUAGACAUCGUCCAGGAGGACUCAUCGCGAUGCUUCAAUGACGAUAUUGCUGUCUACGAUGGUGGGAGCCCCAGCGACGAAAGAAUUGGAUUAUUCUGUACCAGAAAGCGCCGAGAGGUUAUAAGCACGGGUAGUAUGAUUUAUAUGACGUUCACGUACGAUCGCAACAGACAAGUGAAAGCGUUCAAAGCAGAAUUUGCUGCCGUCAAUUGUGGCAGGACAAGACAGCUAGAGGCCGUGUCAAGAAUGGCCAAAUUCUUGUCGUUCGAAUCCCAGAAAGAACUGAAGAACAAGGUAGAUAAACUAUGGAUCCUGGAGGCCGUCAAUGGGGCACGUGUGAGCUUGUCAUUUUCCGUGUUCGACUUGGAUGAUUGUUGCGACUGCGAGUUCCUGGACGUAUUCGACGGAAGCAGCAGAAUGUCGCCUCUGAUUGGAAAAUACUGCGGGAAGAAGGUUCCGUCAAGACUAACAUCUUCGUCAAGAACUCUACUCCUGCAUUACUACAAUAAUGGCAAUACAUCUUCCAAGGGCUUUAUUGCAAACUACGUAGCAGUGAAAUAGAUAUAUAUCCCUUCUGUAAUGCUUGCCUUGAGGGUACAAAUAAAUGAAAUAAGUAAAUGAAAUAUA